AUGAAUGUGUAUGAGCGCUUAGCUGCUGCAACAACUCCUAAGCUGUCAGCUCAGCCUUCUGUAAGAACUGCGCCAGCUGAGAAACGAAGACCUAACACAACAGCGUGCCGGAACCAUCCAGCCCAAUCAUCAACAGCACCAACUUCUCGGCCCGCUGCUCAAACACCCUUAUCUAAAGGAGGGCCUAAAGUGCGGACAUUAGGUAAAUCACAGUCACAGUCCAGCCUACGGAAAACCAAGCCCAAUGAGAGUGACCUGCGCCCAACCACAGCUCCCUCGGAAACACCUGCCUCUUCGGGUGCUGCUCUUUGUGACGACACUCAAAUUGACCGAGAUGAGGCGGCUAUCACUACCCUGGCUCAAACUAUCAAAGAGGCCAAUUAUAUCCUUAUAGGGACUGGGGCAGGGUUUUCAGCAGACUCUGGCCUAGCGGUAUACAAGGAUAUUGCAAGGGUACCUGCCUAUGACCUUAUGGGGGUUGACUAUGCUACCCUCUGUGACCCCAUCUGGCUUCAGAGAAACCCAGAGGUGUUCUACGGUUUUUGGGGAUAUUGCUUUAACUCCUACAGAGACACUACACCUCACGAGGGGUACACAAUUAUUAAGAACAUGAUAGCAGCAUAUCCUAACAAGCACAUUUACAUCUAUUCGAGUAACGUAGAUUCUCAUUUUGAAAAAAUCGGGGUGUCAAGGCAGCACUUUUAUGAGUUUCACGGAACAUGCAUGGACUGGCAAUGCUCCCGGUCGUGUAGAAUAGAUUCAAUCUAUCGGCUUCCGUUCUAUUAUAGAUUUAAUAUUAACAAGCAAACAAUGCGCUGUUCUACUGGCAGCACUGUACAUGCUAUCAGGAGCGGACCCGGGUAUUCAUCUACUACGUCUACCACAUCAGUCGCUAUUCCCAGGCCACCUCCUAUUCUAUCGAGAUUUACAAAGCCUGGUAAGAAUACAUCAGUGUUUUCUCAACUGUAUUUCUCAUACUAUGGAGAUAACGCGGUGCAAGAUUCGUCUAGCUGCUCUCAAGUAGUUCCUCUAUCACCUGUGCAGGAAGCCUCUGUAGUCAGGCCAGUGGCUCCUCUGAACACUACCAAUCCACCAGUGCAAGUGGAUACUAAAAGGGGGUCUCCCAUGGUUAGAAGAGAGGUGUAUGACAGAGUGUAUUCCCAAUGUAGUCGUAAUUCACAGACAAGGGGCGCUCUACACGAUGCACUAGCUAAGCAGGGAAUAGACUACUUAGCAAUAAGGCACGAGGCCAAAAGGGUGUGCAGCCUAUCAUCACUUUCUACUUCUACUACAACAAGCACUCCCGUACUGAACCAAGAGGGUGCACACUCAGCAAAGAGUGCCCCCAAAGUAUGCGAUGCAGUAGAACGCCCAGCUCAGUCUCUGAGUGUGACUGACGAUACCACUAAAGAGAUACGCGUAGAGGAAGAGUCAUUGCCAAUGAGCAAGGAUACUUUGUCACCCCCUAGUGCAUCUUCAAUGAAUAAGGGCGAACGUGGAUGUGUUGCAGUGCAUGACCCAAUCCAUAUCGAAUCUAAUUACAAGAAGAUAUAUGAGUCAGUAAGACCGAUUGCAUCACAAAAUAACGAUGGACAUCCAAUCUGUCCGCACUGUAAGUACUAUCUUCGCCCCAGAGUACUUAUGUUUGAUGAUGCAAUGUUCAUGGAACUCACUGACGAAGAAGAAAAGUACAACUCGUUCAAAAGACAAUUGUUUAGAAAUAAAAAUAGAAAGGUCUGUCUACUUGAAAUAGGUUGCGGAGUUCGCAUACCAACUAUUCGCCACGAGUUCAACAGUAUUCUCAGACGAUGCGCUAAGAGCGACAUUCCGUGUAGUCUAUUCAGAAUCAACCCUGAAAGAAAGCGUGCGCGGACCACUUCUCGUAUAGGCUCACCUCAGUUCUAUCAUAUAGCUCAAGGUGGAAAAGACGCCAUGAUUCGCCUUGCAAACAUUCUAAAUAUCCCAUAUUAA